AUGCAGGAAUCUCAGACGGACGGGGAGUGCAGGACCAAGCAAAAAGGAAACUUGACCAAAAGGUUAAAACUGACCGAAUUGGUCAAGCUACCCCACCCCUAUACAAACAACCCCGACCUCAGUGGAAUUCGGAAACUUACAGAACUCCUUAAGACAUCCCUAUUAAUUGCCAAAUUCUUAAAUAUUACUCUACGGGCCCUGCCCAACUAUACUUCCUGCUGGGUCUGCCUCCCAUUGCAAAAACGAGUCUUCAUAGGAGUCCCAGUGCCCACCCGGCGGAAUGGAACUAUCAAACACACGGCCCAACCUAAUACCACUGCUAACACCACUGUCAUUAAAGGGCCAGUAGCUAGCAAUGCAUUAAUGGCCUUCCGGGAUGUGGCUGUGGCCUUCACCCAGAAGGAGUGGAAGCUAUUGAGUCCUGCUCAGAGGAACCUGUACAGGGAGGUGAUGCUAGAGAACUACAGCCACCUGGUUUCGCUGGGAAUUGCAUUUUCCAAACCAAAACUCAUCAUACAACUGGAGCAAGGGGACGAGCCCUGGCGAGAGGAGAAUGAAUGUCUUCUGGACCUUUGUCCAGGUGAGUGGGAAGCCCUGGGCAGAGGAGGGUGCAGGGCACUGAGAAGCUCAGCAGUUAAGGAAGGAAGGGCGGACUCGGAGGUGCUUGGAGGAAGCUCUUUUCCAGGCCUCCCAAGCCACUGGUAA